AUGGUGCAGUCGUUGAACGUUUACGAGCUGGACAAAACGGUGGAGGAAUUGAAAGACGGCUGCUUUCCCGUUGGCUCUCAGAUCAGACACCUGCAGAUAUCCCAUUCGUCGCUGCGCGAGAUCGACGAGGACGCGUUCAAGAAUCUGAACAAUAGCCUGGAAUCGUUGGCGCUGGUCUCGAGUCGAUUGCCGCACGUUCCGCAGAAAUCGUUGGCCAAGCUGCCGAAGCUGGCCGCUUUGGAUCUCGAGGCGAACCUGAUACAGGACCUAUCAUCGUACUGCUUCUACGGGCUGAAGUUGAUGAAGCUGACCCUGAAGGGUAAUCAGAUAUCGAAGAUCUCAGAGUACGCGUUCGCCGGGUUAGAGGACAGCCUGGGUGACCUGAACCUGGCCGAGAACAAGCUGAAAUUGUUCCCGAUGGCGCCACUGAGACGAUUAGAGGGUUUAGCGUCUUUGAGACUCGCCUGGAACGAGAUAUCGGAGCUACCGGACGAUGGCUACAGUCUGUUGAGCUCGUUGCUGGUCCUCGAUCUAAGCAGCAACAACUUCGAGAAACUGUCCGAGGACUGUUUCCGGCCAUGUCACUUCCUACACACCCUCUCCCUUUAUUACAACUCGAUCGAGACCAUUCACAAGGACGCGUUCGUCUCGCUGAAAGACCUGGAGUUCAUCGAUCUCAGCCGCAAUAAGAUCGUAUUCCUCGACGUGGCGACGUUCAAGGGGAACGAAAGGCUGCGUAACAUCGAGCUAAGCCAUAAUCACAUUCAUUACAUCGGCGGAGUUUUCGCGAGGCUGCCGGAGCUCAGGGAAUUAUACCUGGCGGAGAACAAUAUCCUCGAGAUCCCGGGAGAUGCGUUCAUCGGCAGCGUGAGCCUCACGGUCGUUUACCUUCAGCAGAACGCCAUCAGAAGAAUCGACGGCAAGGGUCUCACCAGUCUCACGCAAUUGGCUCAAUUACAUCUGAGCAACAACUACAUCGAGAGGGUGCCGCAAGAGUUUCUCGAGCACUGUGAAAACCUAUCUUCCCUGUCCCUUGACGGGAAUAAGAUCCGCGAGCUACAACCAGGCACUUUUCAGAAAUUGCAUCAACUUAGGGAGCUACGGCUCCAAGAUAAUCGCAUCGCUGAGGUGAAGCGCGGUGUUUUUUCACCGUUGCCCUCUCUGUUGGAGCUUCAUCUGCAAAACAACGCGAUCACGGACAUGGAGACGGGAGCGUUGAGAACACUGAACAGUCUUCAACACGUGAACCUGCAGGGGAAUCAGUUGACUGUCUUGGGCGACGUUUUCCAGUUGUCCGCUUCCGAAACUUCUUCCGGCGGUAGCUCCUUGGUGUCCAUUCAACUGGACAGCAAUGGCCUCGCUGUGCUGCAUAAUGAUUCUUUACGCGGACAAGCCUCCGUCAGGAUCAUGUGGCUUGGUCAUAACAGGCUGACGCAUCUCCAGGCACCUCUCUUCAGAGACCUGCUUCUGGUAGAACGACUCUACCUGACCAACAAUUCGAUAUCGAGAAUAGAGGACGGAGCCUUUCAGCCAAUGCAGGCGCUCAAGUUCUUGGAACUGAGCAUGAACAAGCUCCGUCACAUCACCGCAAGAACGUUCUCCGAGUUACACGAACUGGAGGAAUUGUAUCUUCAGGAUAACGGGCUAAGGCGAUUGGAUCCCUACGCUCUGACUGCGCUGAAGAAACUUAAAAUACUCGACCUGGCGAAUAAUCAUCUGACUGUUCUGCAUGACGCCAUAUUCCAAGAGGGUCUACCGAUCAGAACACUGAACCUAAAGAAUUGCUCUAUCAUGAGCGUAGAGACCGGUGCUUUCCGUGGACUCAGCAAUCUGUCUGACCUGAAUCUGGACGGCAAUUUACUUACAGCCUCUGCCCUCUUGAAUCUACGCAUCCCUGGAUUGCGUACUUUAGCAGCAUCUGGUAACAACUUCAGCCAGAUCUCCGAGCACAGUCUGAACGGACUUCCAUCGUUGCAAGAACUGUUGCUGGACGACGCGCAGAUCGCUCAAUUGCCAGAGGUGAUCUUCGUGUUGAAUCGAAACUUGGCCCGACUAAAUUUAGACAGAAACCAACUUCGCAGUCUACCUCCAGGCGUCUUCGAUAGACUGUUGUCUCUUCGGGAGAUUCGAGUGGAUCACAAUCGAUUCCAAGACAUCCCCUAUUCAGCGUUGGCCAAUGCUCUCAACUUGGAAAUCCUCUCGCUGUCCAACAAUGAGAUCGUGAACGUGGACGUGGCCAGUUUCGCCAGCCUAAAGUACCUGAGGGAGUUAGAUCUUAGCCGCAAUCAUAUUGAAAAGAUGUCUGGCUUCGCCAUGGCCAAUUUGUCGCGACUGAUUUCUGUGGACCUUAGUCACAAUCAUCUGAACGCUCUGCCGGCAAACUUUUUCGUCCAUUCCUCUAUGUUGCGCAGAGUGGACCUGUCGGGGAACAAGUUCAGGCAAAUCCCAGCCGUAGCACUCUCCGGCCAGAAUCUUCCCGGAUUAUCCUGGCUGAACUUAACGAGAAAUCCUCUGAACAGAAUCCAUGAUCCACCCUCGGACGCAAUGUACCCUAGCCUUCAAGAGAUCCAUAUAUCCGGUACCAAUCUAAGCAUAGUCACGUCUCAGGAUUUCGAGGCUUUUCCAGCCUUGUUGCACCUGUAUCUGGACCAGAACUCCAUCCAGAGGGUUUCACCAGGGGCAUUCAGGAGCUUGCCCAACCUUUUGACGCUACACCUUGGAAUGAACAGCCUGGAGAUCCUACCUAAGGAAAGACUCAAAGGAAUGGAGCACUUGAGGAUAUUAAAUUUAACCCAUAAUCGAUUGAAGGAACUCGAAGAGUUUCCCGAUGAUCUCAAGUCAUUGCAGAUACUGGAUCUUUCGUACAAUCAGAUCGGGAUCGUGGGCAAAGUGACAUUCAAGAACUUGGUUAGCUUGGUGGAAUUGCAUCUGUACGGUAACUGGAUCAACGCGAUUUCUAGCGAGGCAUUUAGACCGUUGAAGAAGCUGCGGGUGUUGGACCUUAGUAGGAAUUAUUUGGAGAACCUUCCGCUGAACGCUUUUCGACCACUGGAGACACAGAUACGGAGCUUACGUGCUGAAGGUAACGUAAAUAUCGAAAUACUUAGUGAAUUAGAGAAGUCGGAAACACAGGGUCAAUUUAUUGAAAACGAGAAUCCGUUACACUGCGGCUGCGAGUCGCAAGAACUCUGGGAAUGGUUGAGGGACCAUCAGAAGCUAGUUAGCGGAGUGGGCGGUGGUCGUGGUCGCGGAAGAAACGGCGUCGGAGUCGGGAACGUCGAGGGUGGUCUGCUAAAAUGCGAGCAACCGCCGGAGCUGCGGGGUCUGGUUUUCCUCGAUCUCGACCCUCAUGCUUUCUGCUCUGCUCCGCUGGUCCUGAAACUCGCGAUUCAAGACAUCCAGCCGUUCUCUGUCCUCGUCUCGUGGCAGAGCAGAAACCAUUCCGGGCUGCACGGUUACCAAGUGGCUUAUCAUGCGUUGGACAAUGUCGACGAGGUACGAGGUAAACUGCUAGACCCUAAAGCACGUUCGGUAAGGCUGACAAAGCUAGCCUCGGACACACGGUACCUGAUUUGCGUCCUGGGUCUUGGCAGCUGGGGCACGCCAAUCCCGGAGGACAUCGGUUCCUGGCGAUGGAACGCGUCUCACGACGACGUGAUCGAGGGCUCGGCCCUCCCCGUGAUGGUAAACUCGCCCACAAGCCGAUGUACAGAGGUUAGAACACUGGAUGCGCCGGAUUCAAUAGUCGGGGACGGGACGAUGAGCGACAGAGGGGGUUUGGCGACCAUCUUGACCAGGCGGCUCGGUCUGAUAGUUGGCAGUUGCAUGGGCUUCGUCGUGUUCGUUGUCCUGAUAUCUGUCCUGGGUUACAUGAAGAUGAAGAAGCAACGGUCCACCGAGAAGAGAGACCAACCGUUGUCUUCCAAUCCGCAGGCGUACAUGUCCUACAGGCAUUUCUCGCUGCAGAGCGGGGACAGGGCGGACAACGCUUGUCCCAGCUUCAUCAGCAACAUCGGAACCACGCCCCUGAACUCGUAG